AACAUGUCAAUUUCCUCUUCUUUUUUUUUUUGAAAAAAAAAAUCUGCUAUUACCUAAGUAAUGGAAAGCCUUUCUGCAUUUUUUUCUGUUGUUGCUUGCCCCAGUGGGCCUGCUGUUGGAUUCAUCCACAGUUUCUGAUUGGAAAAGGAUUCUUUUGAAAGGAGAUACAAGAGUUUGUUAGCUGAAACAGGUAAUUAUCAUGGCCUUUUCAAAUCUUUGCUUGUGGUAAAAACUUCGUUUCCUUUACGUAAUUCAAUAGAAUCCAUAUGAAUGGAGUAUUGUACAUUUGAACAUUUCCUUUCUAGAGUUGAGAGGAACAGCAAAGGCAUCAUAUUUGAGUAUUUUAUCAUCUUCUCCGUUGUUCCUGUCUUGACCUGUGGGUAAAACAAAGACUUGAGCUCUGAGUAAUUUUGCAUAGUCACCAAUGGAGGUGUACAGGUUUUGAACGCACCUCUCCAACCUUUUAUCUCCAUCUACUCUCCCUUCAUUAAAAUUUGCAUUCAUUUCUUUGUCUCUGCCUCUUCCCUUCCUCUUCUUUAAAAGCUACCACCUUUGUUGCUCUUUCUCAACCCAAUCCACACAAUUCGUCAAGCUGCUGUAUCGUAUCAGUGCUCUGCUUCGUUGUGGCAUUUCUACAAACGGAUGGACUUCGUCAACUUACUGUAUGUCGUUGCCGCCGCGGUGCUGGCGGCCGCGUGGUGGCGGCGCUGUUCUCGCAACCCGGAGGGCCUGCCGCCCGGGCCUCCCGGCUGGCCCGUGGUGGGAAAUCUAUUCCAGGUCAUCCUCCAGCGGCGGCCCUUCAUGUACGUCGUGCGCGACCUCCGGCUAAAGUACGGCCCCAUCUUCACCAUGCGCAUGGGACAGCGCAUCCUCAUCGUCGUGACAUCCGCAGAUCUCAUCCACGAGGCGCUGGUCCAGAAGGGCCCGCUCUUCGCCAGCCGCCCCGCCGACUCGCCCACCCGCCUGCUCUUCAGCGCCGGGAAGUGCACCGUCAACUCGGCCUCCUACGGCCCACUCUGGCGCGCCCUGCGCCGCAACUUUGUGACGGAGAUUGUGACGCCCACGCGGGUGAAGCAGUUCGGGUGGAUUCGGGACUGGGCCAUGACCAACCACCUCGCCCGCCUCCGCGCGGAGUUCGCGGACACCGGUGCGGUGCAGGUCAUGGCCAACUGCCGCCUCACCAUCUGCAGCAUUCUCGUCUGCAUCUGCUUCGGCGCACGCGUUCCCGAGGAACACGUCCGCCUCAUCGAGGAGGUGCUCAAGGAGGUAAUGAUGAUGACGACGCCGAAGCUGCCGGACUUCCUCCCGGUGUUCACGCCAUUCUUCCGCAGGCAGCUGGCGGAGGCGGGGAAGCUACGGAAGCGACAGAUGGAGUGCCUUGCGCCGCUAGUGAGGGCUCGGAGAGCGUUCGUAGAGGCCGGCGGGAAGAAGCUAGAGGAAGGCGGAUCGAACACGAAAUGGGAGAUGGUGAGCGCGGAAGGGGAGGCGUACGUGGACUCGCUGCUGCGGAUGGAGUUGGCCGGGAAGGGGCGGCUGGGGGAGGAGGAGCUGGUGACGCUCUGCUCCGAAGUGAUGAGCGCCGGCACCGACACGAGCGCGACGAUGCUGGAAUGGGCGAUGCUCCAUCUGGUGCUCGACCAGGCGGCGCAGCAGCGGCUCUACGAAGAGAUCGUCGCGGUGAUCGGCGCCGACAAGCGCCGGAAGAUAACCGAAGCCGACGUCGAGGCCAUGACCUACCUACAGGCGGUGGUGAAGGAGACGAUGCGGCGGCAUCCGCCCAGCCACUUCGUGCUGUCGCACGCGGCGACGCAGGAGACCGAGCUCGGCGGCCACCGCAUACCGGCGGACGCCAGCGUGGAGUUCUACACGGCGUGGGUGACGGAGGACCCGUCGACGUGGGCCGACCCCGGCGAGUGGCGGCCGGAGAGGUUCCUCCAGGGAGGCGACGGCUGGGACACCGACGUCACCGGCACCCGCGGCAUCCGCAUGAUGCCCUUCGGCGCGGGCCGCCGCAUCUGCCCCGCCGCCACCCUCGGCGUCCUCCACAUCCACCUCACGCUUGCCAGGAUGGUGAGGGAGUUCCAGUGGCUUCCGGUGCCCGGCGAGCUGCCGCCCACCACCGCCGAGACCUUCGCCUUCACCGUCGUCAUGAAGGACCCCCUUCGAGCCACCAUCGUCGACAGAGAAUAAUAAUAACACUAAUAUAAUCCCUCCCUAGCUACAAUGCAUUUCAUGAAUUAAUAUAAAACAUUAAUUAAUUAAUUAUAUCAAUUCCUACUAUUAUUAGAAUAAUAAGAAUACUAAUUUAAUUAAAUGUGUUUAAUCAAUGUCUUCGCAGAUCAACGCUGUCGCUGCAAACGAAUUCAUGUGACAUAUUAAAUGGCGAGAAUAAAUGGAAUUGAAUGGUUGUAGGUGGCGAGUAUGAAUUGGCUGUCUUCCAUUAGUAAUUGCUACAAUAUAUAGCUUCUGCCAGUGCAUUGCCCAC